AUGGAGCCGGCGGUGCUGGCCUCGCACAACCUCCCGCACCACGAGCCAAUCAGCUUCGGAAUCGAUCAGAUCCUGAGCUACCCGGAACCCCCCGGGAGCGGCCUAGGCCCGGGUCGAGCGGGCCAGGGCCAUGGGGAGAGUGCGGCGUUCUCGGGUGGAUUUCACGGAGCCUCAAGCUACGGUCCCGCGGGCUCGCUGGCCCCGCUACCAGGCAGCUCUGGUGUGGGCCCGGGCGGCGUGAUCCGCGUCCCGGCGCACCGCCCGCUGCCAGUGCAGCCGCCCGCGGGAGGCGCGCCUGCUGUUCCUGGACCCUCGGGUUUGGGCGGCGCCGGGGGCCUAGCGGGACUCACCUUCCCUUGGAUGGACAGCGGCCGCCGCUAUGCCAAGGACCGGCUCACUGCGGCGCUCUCGCCCUUCUCCGGGACGCGCCGUAUAGGUCACCCCUACCAAAACCGGACCCCCCCAAAGCGGAAGAAGCCGCGCACAUCCUUCUCCCGCUCGCAGGUGCUGGAGCUGGAGCGGCGCUUCCUGCGCCAGAAGUACCUGGCCUCGGCCGAGAGGGCGGCGCUGGCCAAGGCCCUGCGCAUGACCGACGCGCAGGUCAAGACGUGGUUCCAGAACCGGCGCACCAAGUGGCGGCGCCAGACGGCCGAGGAGCGCGAGGCAGAGCGGCACCGUGCGGGCCGACUGCUUCUGCACCUCCAGCAGGACGCACUACCGCGGCCGCUACGGCCGCCGCUGCCCCCGGACCCGCUCUGCCUGCACAACUCGUCGCUCUUCGCGCUGCAGAACCUGCAGCCCUGGGCCGAGGACAACAAGGUGGCUUCCGUGUCCGGGCUCGCCUCAGUGGUGUGA